CUUCCGGGGAGAUUGUGGAGAGGGCGUUCCUUGAUGAACCUCGGCAGCCUCCGUUGCCGGUAGCUCUAAGGUUCCGGUGGAGAUGGAGGUGAACCCACCAAAACAGGAGCAUUUACUCGCGCUAAAAGGUCCUGUUUCUUCCUUCUCAUCAGUGCAGAAUGUGGAAAGAAAGACAAGAAAGUAUUAUAACUAUGAAUUUAAGUUCUAGCACUGAGGAUCUUGACAAAGAAAUGUUGCGUCUCCAUUAUUAGUAUCUGGACUUGUGCAGAAUGGGUACAGAGGUAGUAUUAUACUAUCGACCAUGUGAAAGUGACCCUACAUUCUUAUACAAAGUUGCAGAAGAAGCUAUUAAUGAAUUUCCUACUCGUCCACUAUUGAGAUUUAUACCUUGGUUUCCAAAUGAUGUAAUAAAACUUCCUCUUAAACCUAAAAAACUACCACCAAUUAUUUCUGGUGAGGCAGCUAAAGAAAUGGACCAGCACUUUACCAUUUCAGACCAUCACGGGAAAGCUCAGAAUUAUGAUUGUACAGUGGGCCUUCUGGAGUUUCAACCAAAUUUGGAACAGAGGAAGUGUUUAACUCGGGCACAAACAUUGGCUGAACAGAUUAACUGUGGAAAUCCAAACGAACAAACCAAAAAAUCCAAACGGCAAUUGAAAAGAUCUUGGAGUGUUUCAGUUUCCAGGAAUUUUCCAGAAAAGGUUUUGCCUUUAUCUAAAGAAUUACAACAGAAUUUAGAAAAAUUAAAGCUACAUUCAUUAUAUAGAGCAAGAUGGACAAUAGAACAUUCUGUUUUUAACAACCAAACUCUGGAAGAUAUUUGGAUAAAAUUGAAUCGACUUAUCAGGCAUAAUGAACUUCCAUUUUGUAAUGCUACAAUUCAGAGACAUGUUAGCCAAAUAUGGGUAUUUUGUGACAUUUUGUACUGUGAACAUGUAUGUAAUCUCCUUAAAGGAAGAUUAGGUCUUAAGGGGAAAAUGAAUUUAUUUGUACAUAAAUAUGGAGUGAUUUUUAGUAUGUAAUAGAGAUGAUUUUUUUAGCAGAGAAUUAAAUUUGUGUUCUCUGUGAGGAAUGCACUGAAAUAUAGAUGAUAAAUAAAUUUUGGAAUUUAUUUUUAACUUUGA